AUGCAGUGGAUGAAGGGAGGUGAUCAAUGCUCCCGAGUGUUCUUUCGGAAGAUUGCCCAACGAAGAUCAACAAGAAGGAUCUUCCAGAUCAACGAUGACCCGGGAUCCACUCACACUGAUCCAGAAGAAGUUAUUAAUGAGUUUGUCACAUAUUACCAGAACCUACUAGGGGGAGACAGACGACGAACAGGUGUUGAUAUUCAAACUCUUAGACCGUGGGCUAGGCACAUUUUGAGUAAUGAGGAAUCUACCACUUUACUGUUACCGUUCACACCAGCAGAUGUCAAACAGGCUGUUUUUGACAUUGAUGAGGACAAGGCCCCAGGCCCGGACGGAUACUCAUCGGGCUUCUUUAAAGCAGCAUGGCCUAUAGUUGGACAGGAGACUUGUAUACCUCCUAGAUGUGCUCUGAAAGUCGACAUCCGGAAGGCAUAUGACACAGUGGAUUGGGAUUUCUUAAUAGCAGCCAUGGAGAUGUUUGGGUUCCCUAGUACUUUUGUGAAGUGGAUUGAGGAGUGUGUGUCAACACCUUCAUUCUCUGUUGGACUAAAUGGGAAGCCCCAUGGAUUCUUUCGAGGAGCCAGAGGACUGCGGCAGGGUGACCCUUUAUCACCCUACCUAUUUGUGCUUGUGAUGGAAGUUCUGCACCUGGGUUUCUUGCAGUUGAUUGAUCAGGAGGAGAUAUUUUCCUAUCAUUGGAAAUGCGAGGCAGCCAGGAUAUUUCAGUUGGAGAUAUUUCGUCGUCUAGUACCUCCUAAGAGGUUCUGA